AUGCUUCUUGAAGACCAGCGAUUUAUCCACGAGGAUCUGGAGCGGCUGGAGCAGGCCGUUGCUGAUCGCGUGGCCGACAACCCUCGGAAUAUCCGUGAGAAACUAGCCAAUGACCAUGAGCUUGCCAAGUUUCUAGAUCGGAUUGAGGUGCAGUCCAAGCGACUGCUCGAAAUUUACAAAGAUGCGGAUGGCCUGCGCGAGAAGGAGGUGCAGUCGAUUGCCACGGGCGAUCAGUUCGAAGAAUUUUACAAGCAAUUGGAUGACAUCAAAGAUUUUCACAAGCGCUAUCCAAACGAGCUAGUCGAGAACCUUGAACAGGCAUACAAGCGGCAUCAACCCGCCGAGGGCGAGUCGUCUUACAUGGAGAUCGAUAAUAUGUUCACCGGCGAAGAGUGUUUCGGUCAAUACAUGGAUUUGACCACCCACCACGAACAAUACCUGAAUCUACCCGGAGUUAAGCGCCUGAAUUACGUCCAAUACCUCGAUGUCUUUGAUGCAUUCACGCCACCGAUACUGAGCAUUAAGCGGAAAGACAAGGUCUCUGAUAAAUACUUCCGUUAUGUUGGUGAAGUCGCGACUUACCUCGAAGGGUUUUACAAGCGAGUAAAGCCUUUGGGGGAUCUCGAUGCGUUGAUUACUAGCUUCGACGAGGAGUUUGACAAGCAAUGGGCAGCAAAGGAGGUUCCUGGAUGGGCCGAUGAACAAACUGCGACGGAAGGAUCAGGCGAGGGCAUAUGGUGCUCUGAUUGCGAGAAGGAAUUUUCCAACGAGAAUGUUUACCGAAAUCAUUUGACCGGCAAGAAGCACGUUCGAGCCGCAGAGGCUCGCAAGGCGGCUGGCACAUCGAACGAGGACUCUCAACCAUCUGGAAACAAAACCUCGACGGCUUCCCUUGCAAAGGAUUUGAAGGAGCGUGCUGUCGCUGUACGAGAGCAUCGUGUGCGUUGCUUCACAAACACACUCAAGGACGAGCGAGAAGCCACAAGACGCAACGUUGUGCGCCGGCAAGGUCUGACUGAGCGUGAGCGUCAAAUGGAGCGCGAGGCCUUGAUGGCUGAGCCGGAGUCAUUUGGUGAUCGUGGAGGUGACCAGUCUGAUGACGAAGAGGAUAGGGAGAAGCUCUACAAUCCCCUCAACCUACCGCUGGCUUGGGAUGGCAAGCCCAUUCCAUACUGGUUAUACAAGCUGCACGGCCUUGGAGUCGAGUACCCGUGUGAGGUUUGCGGAAAUUAUGUUUACAUGGGUCGACGAGCAUUCGAUAAGCAUUUCUCCGAGGCGCCUCAUAUUUAUGGCCUUAAAUGUCUGGGUAUCACAUCAAACACCAAUCUUUUCCGUGAAAUUACUCGCAUUGAGGAUGCAAUGCGACUCUGGGAUAAACUGGAACAGGAUCGAAAGAAGGACCGAGACUCUCGGGAAAAUGUGGUGCAGAUGGAGGAUGCCGAGGGCAAUGUCAUGCCCGAGAGAAUUUACCAUGAUCUCAAGAAGCAGGGUAUCCUCUGA